AUGAUCAAACGCGCUAAUCCAUACCCGAGGAAGAAGGUUGCCGUCGUCGGCAGCGGCAGUGCCGGAAUCGCGGCAUUAUGGGCGCUGAACCGUAGUCCCCAUGAUGUCUACAUCUAUGAGGCCGAGGGCCGGCUCGGUGGGCAUACAAACACUGUCGAGUUCGUCAAGGGAAAGUACAAGACGAAGGUUGACACGGGCUUCAUCGUCAUGAACACGGCAACCUAUCGUAAGUCGUCGACGCCCUCAACCCCCUAUCGCUGGGCCUCUUUUGACGUGGCAACAGCAAACUUCAUCAGCUUCCUCAAGAGAAUCCGUGUCGAGACAGAGCCUACCGAGAUGACAUUCUCAGUCUCGCGGGACCGCGGCUUGUUUGAGUGGGCCGGUUCGAGCUUUGAUGCCUUGUUCUGCCAGCGGGGGAACCUUCUGUCGCUCAAGAUGUGGCGCAUGCUGUUUGACAUCAUCCGGUUCAACCAGUUUGCCCUAGAUGCAUUGAUGACGGAAAACUCAACCGACGAGACAAUUGGGGAAUACCUGGAUCGAGAAGGCUAUUCUAGCGUGUUCCGCGACGACUAUCUCAUCCCAAUGACGGCAGCAGUUUGGAGCACCAGCCCCGACCGGUGCACGCUCGAUUUUCCAGUGGUCACGCUGAUCCGGUUUAUGUGGAACCAUCAUCUGCUCUCGACAUUCGCGGCGCGGCCGGCAUGGCUCACCAUCACAAAGGGAUCUAGGACGUACAUCGACACGGUCAUGAAGGGCUUCCCUUCCAACCAUCUCCGGCUCAAUACCAGAGUGACGGCGCUUACCAGCGACCCCGAUGGCCGAGUACGGCUUCAGACCGGGGCAGGUGAUACCGACGUGUUCGACCACGUCAUUCUGGCCACGCACGGCGACCAGGCGUACUCAAUCAUCCGCGACUCGGCGACUGACGAGGAGCGUGCCAUCCUGGGAAGCUUCCGCACGACGGAGAACGUGGCGGUGCUGCAUUCAGACGUGGCCCUGAUGCCCGAAUCCCGGAAAGCAUGGUCGAGCUGGAACUGCCUGGCCGAGUCUUCGCCCCUGACAGGCAUGGGCCACAUCGACCGGCUCUGCGUGACGUACAACAUGAACAUCCUCCAGAACAUACCGAGAGAUACGUUUGGCGACGUCCUGUUGACGCUCAACCCGCUGCACGAGCCGGACCCCAAGACGGUGCAGGGGCGGUACACGUACCGACACCCCCUGUACACCCCCGGAGCCGUCCGCGCGCAGGAGCGUUUGGAGAAGAUCCAGAACAGGCGCGGGAUCAGCUACGCGGGGGCGUGGACGGGGUACGGAUUCCACGAGGACGGCUUCAGCAGCGGGCUGCGUGUCGCCGUGGAGCAUCUCGGGGCUAACAUUCCCUUUGAGUUUCAAGACUCGACCUUCAGCCGGGGCACGAGGCCGCAGAUCAGCAUUGUUGACAGGUUUCUCAGGCUGUUGAUAUUUAUGGUGCAAUUGUGCAUUGUGGGCGUUCUGGAUAGGUUGGUUGGAGAAGUCACGGCCACACGGCGACUGGUGUCUAGGGUAACGGGUGUAUCUGGGAUGAACGGUCGGGUGUAUGAGAAGGAGUUGUAA